GGUGACGUCACGGUGGUCGCUCCGUGCAAUAAAGCGGCCGGACGGACAGAGACAGAGACACAGAGAGCUGAGGCCGCAGCGUGAGACAGAGUUUCAAGGAUGACAAACAUCAGAGUAAGAACAUUAUUGCUGGCGGUAUCUCUUGGUCUGUUGUUCCUUCAACUCUGUAAAGAUUUUAACUAUCAAGUAACCAUCAGCCUCGACAGAAAGGUGAGCGAGGAGGACAGUGAAGUAAGAAAACCAGCCACAAACAAGUAUGUAUACUCCUGGCCGAAAUGCGAACGGAACACUUCUGCUGCCAAAGUUGAAGACUUCAGCUCUCUUCCUCUUCUUAUUCAAGACUUUCUCUACUAUCGCCACUGUCGACAUUUUCCCAUGCUACUGGACGUUCCUGACAAAUGCGGAGGAGCUGAUGAAUCUGCAGACGUCUUCCUUCUCCUGGUCAUUAAAAGCUCCCCUGUGAACUACGAACGUCGAGAGGUACUGCGCAAAACCUGGGCUCAAGAGAGGCUGCACAACGGUGUGCAGAUCCGGAGGCUCUUCAUCUCAGGAGUGACGGGUUCUGGUUUUGAAAGAGAGAGACAGAAUAGACUUCUUGAACUGGAACAAAAUGAGCACAAUGACAUUCUUCAAUGGGACUUUAGAGACACGUUCUACAACCUCACCUUAAAGCAGGUACUCUUCCUAGAGUGGAUGGAAAGAAACUGUCCAAAAGCUCGCUUCUUGCUAAAUGGUGAUGAUGACGUUUUUGCCAACACAGACAACAUGGUUGAGUAUCUCCAAGGUCCCAGGGACAAUAAUGGCAGCAAGCACCUCUUUACUGGUUUUUUGGUAAAGGACACAAAGCUAGAUCGAAGGGUAGACAGCAAGUACUAUGUACCAGUUCAGAUCCUGCAGAAGAAUUAUUAUCCCCCUUACUGUAGUGGUGGGGGCUUCCUCCUGUCUGGCUAUACAGCUAUGGUCAUAUACAAAAUGUCCAAGUUCGUUGUCCUUAUUCCUAUUGAUGAUGCUUAUAUGGGGAUGUGUCUGGAUUACGCAAGACUUGAUGUUUUUUCCCAUAUAGGCGUGAAGAGUUUAGGAAUGUACAUUCCCUCCAAACAGCUAGAUGAUAGCGAUCCUUGCUUUUACAAAGAGAUUUUAUUGGUGCACAGAUUCCUGCCUUUUCAGAUUUAUCUUAUGUGGCACAGAAUACACGACCCCAAUCUGAAGUGUGAACACACAAGUAAAUCAUUGGAGAAGUAAGAAGUUUAUUGGUGGUAAUGUACGUGUUCACACUUUGCUUCCAUCAUCAGUUUUUAAGUUGUGAGUGCAGAUGUGAUCGUCUUACUUGCCUCGCAGAAAAAGAUUCAGACUGUUUUCUGCCAUUUUGCAUGAUGUCACAAAAACAAGUACAAAAUAUGUGUUUAAUAAUUCACUAUGGCCCAUGGAGGACAUUAUGUGAAUGACACUGGCCCUUGAUAGGAAAAAGGCUCCUACCCCCUGUGGUGAGGCCAUACAUUUUGUAGAAGAAAAUAUAACGUGGGAUAAUUGUAAACUCAUUGAUUUAUUGCCCAUUUAGCACCAGGGACAUGCACAUGUUUGGGACUGGUGGUGCCCCCUAUUGAGUGAUUUCAAAGUAGGUUCACAGCUCAUUUCCAGUUUUGUUUUGUGUCUGUAAUUCUAUAUCAUAUACAGACUCCACUCCUCUGUGUUCAAUGCAUGGACAAGCAUUUCUUUUAUGGAUUGAUAGAAAUUCCACUGCAGCCGUGGGAGAAAGGCAAAUUUAGUAUUUUUGUCGAGUUUUCACUGCCCAAUUUUGUGGAAUAUGCACCUGGAGCAAUAUUAGGAGAGAAAAUGUUAAUGUUAAGAUUGCUGUGUGUGUGUGUGUGUGUGUGUGUGUGUGUGUGUGUGUGUGUG